AGUACCGUAAUGACCAUUAGGUUCUUCGAGUUGGAUCGCGAUCGAAGGCAGCGCAGAGCCUCGCUUUGAACCAGGUUGGGCUCCUCAACGUGCAGAGGAGACGGGAAGGCGCCUUCGUACAUUCGAAAUUCAGACAGUUUCAGAUGAACGUUUUAUUCGGGGACUAGACUCCGGAAAGUGAGCUUCAAAGGCGUUAUCCUCCACCAACCAGAACUUUCGGACCCCUCGCCAGCCACUCUCCACUCAAGAGUCUCGUGCACAAUUGCAUCUUUUCCUCUUCCCCAUCUUGCCCGCAGUCAGCCUCGCCAGCACGAACGAUCGGGUGAUUCAGCAGUGAACUCGUCGGGCUGUCCGUCCCCUUAAUGAUUGGGAAGUCGGAGUCCGUGAAUUCUUUCAGUCGGCAUUGAAUUUACCGUGGCAGUCCUGGCUGACGAGAAUCAUUUAACGCAGUUAUGUGGUCAACAUUCAUGUAGUCGGUCGGGAUCAUACGACGUUCGCACAGUAAUUGCUGGAAAUAUUAGGGAGACCGCAGUUUCUCCUUUGUCCGAGUUCCGGGGCUUGAGUCUCUACGGAUAGUGUCCACUCCAGGUCGAAGGCGUUCGCAUCUCCAGGCGCUUUCCCAGGAAAACAGCAUUAUCCUCUCUGCGGGUUCCCCGUUGCGAGUUUCGAUCACCCGAUGUCGGAAAGCGUGUAGCGAUGUGGUGGAUGCAUACUUCUUAGCUUCGGCUCCGAAAUCUAUCGUGAAGUCCACCGAGGACUACGGCGGAUAGCUACGCUGACUGUCGUCUCCAUUCAAAAUGCCGCUAGUGCGGAGUCGAUCAACUCAGAUUUUCCAGAAUGUGAGAACGACUUUGGAAGUUGCGAGGAGAGGAUGUACCGGCGCUUCUGCUCUGGGCAGCAGCUUGCUCGAUAGUGUGGUCAAUAAGAAAGUCUAUCAUGAUGAUGCGUGGGAAAAGUCAGAUGACAAUGUGGAGAGGCCCGCCACUCCUUGGGUGCGAACUGUCCAAAGUGGUAUUGAGCUGCUACGAAACCCGAAGUAUAAUAAAGGAAUGGCUUUUUCAAAAACAGAACGUGAUAGACAUUAUCUUCACGGACUUCUCCCACCAGCUUACAUGAAUCAGGAUAUGCAGGUCCUUCGUGUGAUGUCCAAUCUGCGAGAGUAUACCUCCGAUCUCAUGAAAUACAAUCACCUUAUGGCUCUUCAGGAGCGAAAUGAGAGGCUCUUUUUCCGAGUUCUCAUGGACAAUAUUGAAGAGCUCCUCCCUAUUGUUUACACUCCAACUGUAGGUCUGGUUUGUCAGCAAUACGGGCUCUUAUUCCGCAGACCGCGGGGGCUCUUUAUCAGCAUUCGAGACAGGGGCAGAGUCAUGGAACUUCUGAAAAAUUGGCCUGAAAGAAGAGUUCGGGUGAUUGUUGUCACUGACGGUGAGCGAAUUCUUGGACUCGGCGACCUGGGAGUGCAGGGCAUGGGUAUCCCUGUUGGCAAAUUGACUCUAUAUACAGCAAUUGGAGGAUUGCAUCCAUCAGAGUGCCUGCCAGUAACACUUGACGUUGGAACCAACAAUAAAUCUCUGCUCGAACACCCUUUCUAUCCUGGGCUUCGACAAAAUCGAGUAGUUGGAGAGGAGUAUGAUGAGUUGGUUGAUGAGUUCAUGGAAGCCUGCAAAGCGCGCUAUGGUAGUAGAGUUUUAAUUCAGUUUGAAGAUUUUGCCAACCAUAAUGCAUUUCGACUUCUUUUUCAAUACCGUGGCAGCCAUCUUGUUUUCAAUGACGACAUACAGGGAACAGCAGCUGUAGCUCUAGCAGGCAUGAUUGCUGCUCUCCCUCUGACCGGAGGACAACUUUCAGACCAUACAUUUAUGUUUAAUGGAGCAGGAGAGGCUGGUACAGGAAUAGCUGAAAUGGUGGCGUUAUACAUCAGUAAAGAGGCAAAAAUAACAAUACCUGAAGCACGAGAAAGGAUAUGGAUGGUAGAUUCUAAGGGACUUGUCGUCAAAUCACGAAUGGACAGCUUACAAAGUCACAAGAUUCCGUUUGUAAAAGAUUAUCCAGCACAUUCUACUCUACUAGAAUGCGUGAAGGCAAUUCGUCCAACAGCUCUGAUUGGGGUUUCCGGGAAGGCUCAAUCUUUUACCAAGGAGAUCUGCGAAGCGAUGACCGAGUAUAGCCAGCGACCAAUCAUAUUCCCCCUUUCAAAUCCAACUUCAAAUUCAGAGUGCACAGCCGAGCAAGCAUACACAUGGACAAAGGGAGCAUGCGUUUUCGCCAGCGGCAGUCCAUUCGCACCCGUUGAAGUCGAUGGACAAUGGCACCACCCAGGCCAGGGCAAUAAUGCAUAUAUCUUCCCCGGCUUUGGACUUGGCUGCCUUGUUGCUGGUACCACACGAAUCAGGGACGAGAUGUUCCUGGCUGCAGCUGAAACGUUGGCAGGAGAGGUGACAGACGAGGAUAGAAAGAAAGGACUUGUGUAUCCACCUCUUCGGAAGGUUCGAGCUGUCUCCGCGCAAAUUGCCAAAGCUGUUGCUUCCAAGGCAUACGAACAUGGGGUUGCAACUAACCUACCAAAGCCCGCAAAUCUGCUUGAAAUUGCUGAGAAGCGCAUGUGGACUCCACAAUACAGACGCUACAGGUGAAUACAUGGUAUCUGCAGACUAAACCACGAUCAUAUCGAGAAGGUUAUUGGCAUAAGAUUGUAGCUUGCAACAACAUAAAAUUUGACAGGCACAGUCUGAAUUAGGAUCUUUGUAUUUGUAAGAUUUUCACCCGGAAGUUUGAUCCUGUAUGUAUAUUCUCUGUGCGGAAGUCACGAUGAAACUCAGCAUGUUGAAUGAAGUUGAUACACAACCACCAUUUAGUUUUUGCGUGAAUGAUGAAGAGUCGGUGUCUCGAAUCA